AGUAUAUAAGCACUUUGAUUGUACAAAUUUAUCCCACUUCAUACAAGGUACAAUCAAUAAUGUUGUGUAUAUAAUCUGGACAAAAUAAUUAAUAUUGUGCAAGGUUUUAAUACGAAUGCAAGGAAAAUGGAUAAUGAAACCAUUAUCGAAUCGAUCAAAGAUAACAUCAAAGUUGUGAGAUUGAACAAACCACGUAGAAAAAAUGCUAUAGAUUAUCCUAUGUAUGUCCAAUUAACAAAAAUACUUAACGAUGCAGCCACUGAUAAUAGUAUUUCAAUAAUUGUGUUAACCGGUACAGGCGAUUUCUACAGCAGUGGAAACGAUCUGGUAGCAUCUAGAGAAGCGGACUUUUUGCAAGUUUUAGAAGAAUUCAUAAAAGCUUUCAUAACAUUCCCAAAGCUGCUGAUAGCAGUUGUUAAUGGACCAGCUGUAGGAAUAGCAGUUACCACACUACCGUUGUUUGAUUUCGUAUUUGCUUCUGAAAACGCUUACUUUUAUACACCAUUCACAAAAUUAAAUAUCGUUGCUGAAGGAUGCUCGUCUUUUACAUUCCCAAGAUUGAUUGGCGCAAGAAAGGCUAUGGAGUUAUUACUAUUAAACUAUAAAAUGCCAGCCAAAGAAGCUUUAGAAUGCGGCUUAAUCAGUAAUCUUUACAAAACAGAAGAGUUACAGCAGAAAGCAUGGGAGAAGAUAACAGAAAUUUCUAAUUUGCCCGAACAUUCUGUGAUAACUACGAAAAGUUUGAUGAGAAGAACCUAUAUAGAAGAUUUAUUAAAGACUAAUGCGAUUGAGAUAGAAGAGCUAAGGAAGAUUUCCAACAAUGCGAGCAAGUUAUAAAAUAUAGUCAAAGAAAUUGACAAAUAUAUCUUGAAGGUUGGAUUGGAUAUUCCCUCUUAAGACUUUUUACAAAAAAACGCUUUGGGUAGUUAUGGAAUUAUAAAUAUUAUGGCAAACAUAUUGUGUAUAGUAUAUUGUUAAAUGAAAUAUAUAUUGAGUAAAGUAAAA